UGUCUUACAAUGUUUUCAUAUUUUAUUUGUAUUAAAAAACACGCCUUUCCUUGACAACUGUCAUUAUGUCCGACGAAGAAGAUACAACGAUUUUACUAAGUGGAAGAAAGGAGGGAAGGGAAAAGUCUGUGACUGUUGCACCUCCGCCGGUAAUAAUAAAAAGCAAUAAUAAUGCAGUCACAGACAAAUCUCAGAGCCAUGCCAUCCUUGCUUCGUCAGUGGCAAUGCUGGGAGGCUUGGCGUUUGGUUAUGACAUAGGAUCAAAUGACAGUAUUCUUCACGAGAUGGAACUUUCAUUUAGACUGACAUGCCUUCAGCAGCAUAUGACAUUCAAUAUGUGGCUUGUGGGAGCCGCAAUGGCAUCUGUUUUCGGCGGUGUACCCGUUGACAGACUUGGUCGGCGUUGGAGCACCGUAUGUGCAAACAUAAUGCUGAGUGUUGGAUCAGCUGUCUCUAUACUCUCCUCUUCAUAUGCAAUGUUGUUAUGUGGGCGCCUGGUUGCAGGUUUUGGUGGAGCACUGUCAGCAGUUGCUCUGCAUGUUUAUUUAGCAGAAUUGGCAACUCCUGUGUCCCGGGGGAAGCUUGUACAGGCCUUCCAUCUGGGGGCAGCAGCCGGCAUAGUCCUGGCUGGUAGUGUCGCAGGUGGUGGUGUGCACUGGCUGGCAGCAGCGAGCUUAGGUAUUCUCCCACCACUUGUUGCUGCAGCACUGGCUGUUCGUCUGCCUCCGUCUCCUCACUUCACCAUUUUGCGGCAUGUUGCCGGAGACCCCAGCACUAGAGGGUCAAGUAGUUCAGUGGCAGCAGCUGGCAGCCUGCUUGAGACACUAGCUUUGGCGUUGGUUUUGGUGUCUGUGGUGCAGUUUUCCGGACACUCCUCGGUGGCAUUGUACACUCGUCGUCUUUUUGCCCUGCUUGGUGUCUGCAGUGAAAGCGCAGGAGUUGUCACCGAUAUUACCAUAGGCAUCGUGAAGGUAUGCUUCACUGGCAUGUCAGUGUGCUUGGUGGAUAGAAUUGGACGGCGUCCUGCUCUGCUAGUGGCUACAACAUGUGCAAUGUUAUCAGUUGCUCUGCUUGGUGCUUUCUCAGCAUAUGGUGGCUCAUCAACAAGCUGGACAAAUCCAUGCAAUGCAGUCCCUUCCAUUUCCUCUCAGCCUCAACUCAUUCAGUACAGUGUCGGUGAAGUUGUGGCUCCAGACUUACCGACAGGUUCACCACCACCCUUCCCAAUGCUCCCGACACCAGUGCCUCUCAUUGCAGAACCAGCACCACGCUGCAUGCAACAUGAAGCCCAGCCACCUGCAGCUGCUCAUGUGCUGGCAAUCUUAUCAGCACUAUGCUACCAGGCAGCAUAUGCUUUUGGACUGGGACCUGUGACGUGGCUGUUAUUGGCAGAACUCUUUCCGGCCACCACCAAGGGCCGCGCUUUAGCACUCACAGCUGGAGUUUACUGGUUGGAUGACUUCAUUGUUCGCUCAACAUUUUCCAGUAUGGUUGAGUCCCUUUCAGUGGCUGGAACAUUCCUACUCAAUAGUGUAGUGUGCAUGAUCGGAGUUUUACUGAUAUUUUUGUUUGUACCAGAAACUAAAGGCAAAUCUUUACAUCAGAUUGCACAAGAACUGAAGAAUGUGUCCCCCAAAACACGAAUGUACCAAAAUCUCCAUGGUCUGCCAUGCUUAAGUAAUAAUGAGUGGCUUCUGCACAAAUCGAGACAGUAUCGUCAAGUUUCUCAUUCUGGAAUGGAGAGUACAGUAAUUUGAAGAUAUAUAUUGUAAUUUAUUUUAUUACCACUUGCAGCUUUGAACACAAUGACAGCAUAUGACUUUAUAUGGCUUCAUAAUGUUUGGCAGCUUACUUGAGUUUUGUAACUUCUGUCAAAGUGUAGAGAUCCUCAGGACAGUGAGAUGCAAAAAUACAUGCUAGGAAACCCCCCAGCAAAGCUGUCACAUUAGGCCUUGUAUUGCUGAGAUUUGAAAAUGCUGCAUCCCAAAGGUCAUAACACCUGAAGGCUAGCUGAAGCUGUUGGUCACAAUUACUUGAGAACCACAGAAUAAUAAAAACGCAAUGACAGUUGUAUCACACAAUGUGGUAGUGACAUAAUGGUAAAUCCAAAUUCAGAAUGCACAAAUAAGGGCUUUCUCUUUGGGGGUUACACUGUGUUCCUAAAGUAGACUUGAAGAUAGAUUUGGAAAUUAAUCAUGUUCUUUCAGGAUUAAUACAGUAAUUUUCCCAUUGAUACAACUAUUCAUCGAAUUUUGCGAUGGAACUCUACUACUAAGGCUGAAUCUUUUACUGAAGUAGUAGUGCAUUGUAUUCAAAAUUCUCUCUUGGCUCUCCAAUAAUAUCAACAUUAUUCCUGAUGCUACACAUUAUUAAUAUCCUGUUCUUAUGUUACAUGCUGGUAAUUCGUAGCCAGUUUGAAUAUCCUGAUCUGCUCCUAUUACUGGGCUUAUGUAACAUGAAUGAAUUGUAAUUUGAACCAGUUGACAUUCACUCUAAUCAUAUUUAAAACAAUUGCACCAAUUUUGUAUGUAAAUGAUGUACACGUUCCUGCAUAUUAUACUGAGGUAACUGUUUCUUCCCCUUAUAAACUAGUUUUGUAAAAUAUUUGUCUUGCUGUAAAUUUCAGCCUUUAUGUAUUAGGCAUAUCCUGAACUUUGUGCUUCCUGUCAGAAGGGCAAGUAACUUUUAUGUAAUCUAAAUAUUUUUCUCAUAUUCACUGUAAACAAAUUUAUACUAUGACACAUUUUGACUUGGUCAUUCAUCAAGUAACUUUAUUCACUUUUGCACACUGCCUCAUCAAUACUGCUUUAAGAAUGUAACUUUUGUGUUUAUAAUGUUUUUAUUUUUCGUUUUAUACUGGAAAUAUAAAAGUAUUGUAGAAUGUAAGGAGAUAUUUGCU